GUCGGGGACAGUGAGGGAAGUUUCCGAGUCUGAAAUGUCUCUAGUUUGAAACAGGCUAAAUGUGUUGCAUGUGCGGUUGUUUUUCGUGAGGAACCAUGUCCCCGCUGCAGUGUGUCGGCAGGUCAUCAUGCAGUGGAGAAGACAUAUCACUGGCCUCGCUUUCAGCUUCGUUUUCGUUGUAUCAUAUUUCACGAAUAAGUUUGUCCUGUCAGUGUUGAAAUUCACCUAUCCGACUUUAUUUCAAGGAUGGCAGACAUUUAUCGGGGCUGUCCUGCUCCUACUCUCUGGGAAGCUGGGAUGGGUGGAAAUGAGCCGCAUCACCAGAUCUGCAGCUCUUUCCUGGCUUCCGGGCUCCCUCCUGUUCGUAGGAAACAUAUACGCUGGUUCCAGGGCCUUAUCACGCACAGACAUUCCUUUUUUCUUCACUCUGCAAAAUUCUUCUCAUGUUGUUAGUUACAUAAUCUUGAAGGUCGUCCAGAGAGAGCAGAAGGCACAAUGGCUGAAAUUCAUCAGCUUAUGCCUCAUGCUGCUCUCAGCCAUCAACCUCCCUUUCUAUGAUCCUCAGUUUGAUCACACCGGUUACUUGUGGGCUGUCGGCCAUCUGUUCUGUGUCGGUGCAUACCGGGUGUUUCAAGUUCGCUACAAACCGAGUAAUUUGAGUGACCUUGAGCAACAGUGCAUUAACUACCUGUUCAGCGUGCUGCUGCUGGCCAUUGCUGCUCACCCAACAGGUGACCUCAUGGGUGCCUUGGAGUUCCCCUCCCUUCAAUCCCACACGUUUCACUGUGGCUGCUGUGCUAGUGCACUGCUGGGGUUUUUGUUGCUGUUGGCCACAGUCAAACUGAAAAGUGGGUUUUCGCUCGAGCACCUCGAGGCCUGGAUUUUUUUGUCGAAGGUUACUGCCAUGUCCCUCUCCCCAUUUAUUUUCUACAUGGACAUUAAUGCUCCAGCUCUCGUCUGCGUGGUCGUCAGUCAUGCUGCAGAGGCCCUGCUGGUGUAUUCUGAGAGAGAAUCUCAGUCGUGAUGAGAUUAAUCCACAACUUGCACUUCCUGAAGAGAUUUUUUUUAAAGAAAAAACUGUUUUAUUUUUUUCACAUUGUUUUUGUAAUUUCUCAUCAUAAAUUUGCUGACCAAAUAAAAUGAUCUUUGCGA